UCGAAGCCGGCGUCGACGUACCGAAUACCGCCACCCUCGCACAACUUCGGCAACUUUACGCCUCUCUCGAGCUGGUCGCUCGUUCCCCCCGUGCAGCGCAACCCACCACCUCGGCCAUGGCAUCAGCCUCCGCUUACGCAAACCAUCCCGAGGCCGCCAUUUUGUAUCACCCUCAUGAAAAUGGCGGUGACGCCGUUAAUGAUGCCGCUUCGACGAACAACACCACCGACGCCAAUGCUAAUCUGCCCUCCGCUCAAGGUGUAGCUGCCGCCCUUCCCCGCUGUUCCGACGAUAUGGAGGCUCACCUCGAAGCGCUGCGAAUGCAGCUACAGUUAGCCGAAUUGCGUCAGAAAGUGCAUCAACUCGAGGCGCAGCAACCGACCGCCGUUUGUGUAAAGGAUUUCGAAUCCUUCAUCGAGCCGCUUGAUGCUGAGAAAAAUUCCGAUGUCAUCCGCUGGUUCCGUGAUUUGGAACGCCUUUUCUCACUCCAUCGAGUAUGCGAUGUGGACAAAUUUUUGUUUACUCUUCGGCUCCUCACAGGCACGGCAGCUAACGUCGCCAAAGAAUUUGACGUCACCACUUACGACGAACUGAAAAUGGAGCUUAUCGACAACCUUCAUUUCGUCGCUACUCCUGAAUCUGUGUACCGCCAACUCCGCAAUCGUCGGCUGCAGCCACAAGAAUCUGCCCUCCGCUACCUGUUUGAUAUGCAGCGCAUAGCUGGCCAAGCCGACAUUCCUGAUUCGGAACUGAUCCCGAUCGUCAUCGAUGGAUUGGGAAGCCCGUCAAUUACUUCAAGCCUGCACUUCAUGCCCCUCACGAUGGAAGAUUUCCGGAAGAAGCUGAAGCUUUUCGAGUCUUGCCGUCAUCUUCGAGCCAUCAAGCCCCCUUCCGCCGUUGUUCGGGCCCCGAUGAACAGCCGUAUGGAACGGCCCCAAACGUCGCAGGAACCUGUCCGCUGCUUCAACUGCUCCCGAUUUGGACACCUUCAGAGUGCCUGCUCCAAGCCGAAGCGCCCACCCGGCGGAUGUUUCCGCUGUUUCCAGACUGGGCACGUCUACCGCAAUUGCCCUGAACGUCGGGCCAACGCUACUGUUGAGGGCGGUAUUAGCUCGGAGGAUACUCUCGGCACAAACCAAGAGGGAGUCCUGUGAGCUUCAUCAGUGACACAUUAGUACCAGCUAGGCUGCUAGGACCUCUUUCAACAACUGAAUACUGCACUAUGGUUAAGGGACCACUUUAUUCUCGAGGACGCAUUAAUUGCACAAUCCAGUUUAGGGAUCAUUCUGUUCGACAUUCUUUUAUUAUAUUACCUGGAAUUGCGUGGCCUGUCAUUAUUGGUCGCGAUUUACUUAAUUCUCUUAACAUUUCUCUUACUUAUUCAUCUUUUUCAAAAUCAUGUAUUACUAAAACCCCGUUGACGGAACUUGAAGAAGUUGAUACAACUCUUCCAGAAAAAUUAGAAGAUGCUAUUAGGAGUAUUUGCUCGCUCGAUGUAAUCGAAGCCGAAAAUGAACUGGAUUUAGGAGAUACUCUAUCCUUAGAGCAGCGUUCAAUUGUUAUUUCUAUUAUCAAGAAUUCAUACCUCAAAUAUAUUUCAAACACUAAACCACUUGUACAUCCAAUGAAAAUCAAUCUAACUCAUGAUACACCAAUAUUUACUAGGCCGCGAAGACUCUCUUAUGGUGAAAGACAGCAGGUUAAGCAAAUUGUUGAUAAACUGUUAGCAGAAAACAUCAUCCGGCCCAGUAAUUCUCCUUAUGCUUCUGCGCUUGUCCUCGUUAGGAAAAAGAGUGGCGAGGUUCGUAUGUGUGUGGAUUACCGGCCCCUCAACAAAAUCACAGUUCGGGACAAUUACCCCCUACCCCUUAUCGAAACUUGUUUGGAGCAUCUGUGUGGAAAAAAAUUCUUCAGUUUGCUAGAUUUGAAAAGCGGAUUCCAGGUCCCAAUGAGUGAGGAGUCUAUCCCCUACACUUCUUUUGUGACCCCAGAUGGUCAAUUUGAAUAUCUGAAAAUGCCAUUCGGUCUUCGUAACGCCCCUUCCGAAUUCCAACGUUUUAUUAAUUCUAUUUUAAGGGAAUUCAUUGAUGAUGGUAUAAUAGUAGUGUACCUCGAUGACAUCAUCAUCGCUUCUACUGAUCUUAGCUCUCACUUCAGUACUCUCCGGUCCGUAUUAGAAAAGAUUAAGCAGAACAAUUUGGAACUUCGUCUUGACAAGUGCAAAUUUGUCCAUGAAGAAAUAGAAUACUUGGGCUACAAAGCUAACUUUUCUGGAAUUCAGCCUAGUGAUAGGCACAUUAAAGCACUUACUAAUUACCCUAUGCCCACUAAUUUAAAACAACUCAGACGUUGUCUUGGUCUGUUUUCAUACUUCCGACGGUUUGUCCCAUCUUUCUCUUGCAUCGCUAAACCUAUGACAAAACUUCUUCAGAAGGACGAAGUAUUUAACUUCGAUUCAAAUUGCGUGCAUGCUUUUGAAACCUUACGUGACAAACUUGUGCAUUCUCCUAUCCUUUCCAUAUUCGACCCAAAACGGGAAACCGAAUUACACUGUGACGCAAGUUCCUUUGGUUUUGGCGCUAUUCUCCUUCAGAAACAGGAUGACAAUAAGCUGCACCCUGUUGCUUACUUUUCCAAAACCACUUCAAAAGACGAGUCCAAGUUACACAGUUAUGAUCUUGAAACUCUUUCCAUCAUUUACGCUCUUAAGCGCUUCCACACUUAUGUUCAUGGGCUCCCCAUUAAGAUAGUUACUGACUGCAACUCUCUGGUCGAGACCCUUAAGAACCGUAAUGCUUCCGCUAAGAUUGCCAGAUGGUCCUUGUUUCUGGAAAAUUACGACUAUACCAUCUGUCAUCGCUCAGGCACUUCUAUGCCUCAUGUCGACGCACUGAGUCGCACCGAAGCUGUGGGUGCCAUCGGUGAGAUUGACCUUGACUUCCAGCUUCAAGUAGCUCAGACGCGUGACCCAUCUAUCGAAGCUCUCAAACAUCGGUUAGAAUCAGAAGAAGUUGACGGAUUCUUACUUCAAGAUGGGCUUGUCUAUCGCGACAUACCUGAUGGUCAACCUCAAUUGUAUGUCCCUUCGGAAAUGGUCGACAAUGUAAUUAGACACACUCACGAGCGAAUUGGCCACCUGGGCAUAAACAAAACCUUCAGCAAAAUCAGUCAGCAUUACUGGUUCCCCCACAUGAAGCCCACUAUCGACAAAUUCAUCAAAAACUGCCUCAAGUGCAAUGUUUAUUCUGCACCUCAUCAUACUAAUGCCCGGAAUAUGUACAGCAUCCCUAAAGAGCCCUUACCCUUUGAUACCAUCCAUAUUGACCAUUUAGGUCCGCUCCCUAGUUCUUCCUUACGCAAGAAGUAUAUACUUGUUGUUAUCGAUGCUUUCACUAAAUUAACUAAACUUUACCCAACCUCCUCAACUAAUGCGAAGGAAGUGUGUUCUGCCCUUUCCCAAUAUAUGUCUUACUAUAGCCGCCCUAGGCGGAUUGUUAGCGAUCGAGCUACUUGUUUCACCUCCACCUUGUUUGAGGACUUCUUGGAAUCGCAUAACAUUAGCCAUGUCCUCAACGCCACCGGAUCCCCACAAGCCAAUGGACAGGUAGAACGGGUGAACCGUGUGUUGCGUCCUAUCCUUAGCAAACUAUCUGAUGCUCCAGACCAGACCGAUUGGGUAUCCAAAUUGCGGUCAGCCGAAUACGCUUUAAACAAUACCGUCCACACAUCUACGAACUUCUGCCCCUCUGUCCUACUCUUUGGUGUCGAGCAACGCGGUAAAGUUCCAGACGAGUUAGCCGAAUACCUGGAUGAGGAAUUUGAUCGAGCCUCUAGGGACUUAGAAGCCAUUCGGGCUAAAGCGUUAGAAAACAUAGAAGAGUCUCAACGGAAGAAUGUGGAAUACUUUAGCAAAAAGCACAAACCACCACAGUGCUAUAAGGAAGGUGACUUAGUGGCUAUACGUUACUCUGAUACGACCGAUAGUGGUAAUAAGAAGCUCAAUCCUAAAUUCAGGGGACCUUACGUCAUCCAUAAAGUGUUGCCCCAUGAUAGGUACGUGGUACGCGAUGUAGAAGGAUGUCAACUCACACAACUACCCUACGAUGGGGUUCUAGAAGCGAAUAAGUUGAGACGUUGGACCGAGUCCAGUGAUUAGGAAAUUGAGGGCAAUUUUUUGUUCAGGAAAGCCGGGGUGUAACGUCCGGACUAAUAUCGCCCACUGUGCACUCAACCUGAAUCCCGAACGCAGCGGUAUAAACGCGUUAUACCUUGACCGCUGGAGCACCCGGUGUGCUAGAUGAACUGUCAUAGAAUAAAGCUCUCUUCUUGGCGCGACAUUGAACGAAACAGACGUAA